AUCAGGAAGCAACACCGUCGAGAAGGAUCAAUCAAGCACACGGCUCUAGACAAGAGAAAUCUGUGAAAAGGACCGUGGUCAGGAACUGAACUCAGGUGGCAUUGGCAGACUUUUCGCAUCUCCGGAGCACUGCCUUGGUCGCAAGACAAAAAGUUACGAAAGGUUUUCUCGCUCUGCGAUCAAUGAUCGAGACACCGUGAAAGAUUCUUUCGCCUGUCCCAUCCCCAUCUCACUUUCCCUCCCCCUCCUGUGCUCGACAGCCUCUCCGCGUCACGAUGGAUCCCAGAUCUCAUCCUUCUCGGCCCCCCUCCACCAGCCUGCCCCAGGGCUCCACGCCUCUCUCCUCGACACCCAUCUCGAGCAUGCCAAUGCCUCAGUACACCAUGCAGCCUCAGUACCCUGUGUCCCAGCCGCAUACCCUUCCCCCGCUACAACCUCAUCACAGUCAAUCUCCUGCCCCUCACUCCUACAUGGGCCAGCCGUACCGGCCGGAUCUGGCGAGGUAUCCCGCUGCCACUCACGAUGUUUACGCGUCUUCUGCCGCUCCCAUCAUGCCUCACACCACCGUGGGCAGCCUGCCUCCUUCGUCCUUCCUCUCCCACCCCAACCCGCAGGCUCAACCUCAGCCGUCGCCACACUACCCGCCUCCUCAUAACGUGCUGCCUCCCGCAUCCAGCGCCCAGACCUACCCGCAGCCGAUUGCGCCCGCGCCUCCCCGGGACCGUCGCUCGGACUUCUCCGGGCUUCCGUCGGGUGCUUUCAGCUACAAUGAUGGCAAGGGAUCGCCUUGGAUGAACCCCGACCCGGUCGCCGGCCCCAAUGGUGCCGCGCAAUAUGCUGCGAAGGAGCCUCCCAGGACCCAGGUUGUUGGGUCUCAGGGUCGUCGCGGAAUACUCCCCAGCGUUCCGGGACGCGCGACUCCGGUCACGAACGGCGUCAAUGGUACUGCGAAGAACACGACCAUUCCGGCCAAGGACGCGGAUGGAAAGUUCCCUUGCCCGCACUGCAACAAGACGUAUCUUCAUGCCAAGCACCUGAAGCGCCAUUUGCUCCGACACACCGGUGAUCGCCCGUACAUGUGCGUUCUUUGCAAGGAUACGUUCUCUCGGAGUGAUAUCUUGAAGCGCCACUUCCAGAAGUGCUCGCUGCGGCGCGGUAACCCCACGGGAGCGACUCACUUGUCGCAUCCCCAGGCGCAUCUGAAGCGGUCUCAAGCCGCGGCACCUGUCAAGCCUGUUCAGGAAGAAGUUGCCAGUACCGUCCCGCAUCCCAAUGGCCUCCCCACUGCGCCGUAUGGCGAGGGCCACGUGAACGGCAAUGGGAUGCCACCCGCUCGGCCAGGAUACGCAGACCACCAGCAGCCCAUGGGUUACCCGAUGUCGUCUGUCAAUGGAAUGAGCCGUGGCCAGCCCGAAGACGCGUACCCGGCUGGGCAGCACCACCAGAGAGGACCCUGGCUGGCUGCGCCCAAGCAGAACCCGUAUCUCGUGCAGCAGCCCGGUGCGGAUGCGAAUGGCCAGCAGCUGAAUGUUGAGCGUCCCCCUAUUGACCAGGUAAAGCCCCCGGUUGCUCAAGACCCUAAACGUCCUGUCAUGCAUGGACCCACUCCCAAUCACGCUGGCGAAAUUGACUGGACUUCGAUGUUUCAGCCCGGAGCGUCCGACGGUUACAUCAAUCCCGUUUUCCCCCAGUCCAUGGCAGCCGGCCAGGAGCCCAUCCACGCUCACGUCGAUACCGAACGCAAGUUUUACCCCACCACCACCGCUGGCCCUGGGCCCCAGGAGAGUGGGAUGAACGGACUGUACCUGGCGUCGACCACCCUGAGCGGUGACGGUAAGCUAACCCCUAUUGACCCACGCUAUGAAUGGCUGAUGGCUGAUGCUGGACCCAGGUACCGUCCAGCCUGCUAGGCAAUAGUGGCGAGAUGGAAGCGGAUGUCUUAGGUUGACCGCUCCGAGCUUGGUGUUGUGCACAUCAAGUGAGACGGGAGAAUUCGGCCUUGACGAACGAAGAUAAGGUCGUCCUUCUGCGUCCUAACUGGGUUACGUUAAACGAUGUUAUGCAUACGAAAUCUUGCGAUGUCUUGCGGCACUGGGCAGUUGACUGGUUGAUGCUCGCUGGUUGCAAGGAUUAAGAUGUCGUGCGGGU